AUGAACCUCUCCAUCUUUGCCAUCAGAAUAUCUGCUCUCUCGCUCUCUCCCACUUGUUCAUUAAUUUCCAUUGAAGGGAUCCUUAGAUAUAGAGGGUAUCCAAUUGAAGAAUUGGCUGAGAGUUCCAGUUUCUUGGAAGUGGCUUACCUCUUGAUGUAUGGGAAUUUGCCUUCUGAAGGUCAGCUAGCAGACUGGGAAUUUGCUGUUACCCAGCAUUCAGCUGUGCCGCAAGGGAUUCUGGACAUUAUACAAUCAAUGCCUCAUGAUGCUCAUCCAAUGGGUGUCCUUGUCAGUGCAAUGAGCGCCCUUUCUGUUUUUCACCCUGAUGCCAAUCCUGCUCUCAGAGGCCAAGAUCUUUAUAAGUCAAAACAAGUGAGAGACAAGCAAAUAGCUCGCAUUCUUGGAAAGGCACCAACCAUUGCUGCGGCAGCUUAUCUGAGGAUGGCAGGAAGACCUCCAGUUCUUCCUUCCAACAACCUAUCUUAUUCCGAGAAUUUUCUCUAUAUGCUAGAUUCAAUGGGCAACCGGUCUUACAAGCCCAACCCUCGGUUAGCUAUAGUGCUGGACAUUCUUUUCGUACUACAUGCAGAACACGAAAUGAACUGUUCCACAGCUGCUGCUCGGCAUCUUGCAUCAGGUGGAGUUGAUGUAUACACUGCUCUAGCUGGAGCUGUUGGAGCAUUAUAUGGCCCUCUUCAUGGUGGAGCAAACGAGGUAUGCUGGCUCAAGAUGCUUAGCGAGAUUGGAUCAGUAGAGAACAUUCCAGUGUUCAUUGAAGGUGUCAAGAACAGGAAGCGGAAAAUGUCUGGUUUUGGGCACCGUGUAUACAAAAACUAUGAUCCAAGGGCAAAGGUGAUAAAGAAAUUGGCGGAGGAAGUUUUUUCUAUUGUCGGCCGGGAUCCUCUUAUUGAGGUAGCUAUUAGUUUGGAGAAGGCUGCAUUAUCUGAUGAGUAUUUUAUUAAGAGGAAGCUUUAUCCCAAUGUUGAUUUCUAUUCCGGGUUGAUAUACCGGGCUAUGGGGUUUCCACCGGAGUUCUUCACCGUAUUAUUUGCAAUCCCUCGAAUGGCUGGGUACUUGGCACACUGGCGCGAGUCUUUAGAUGAUCCUGAUACAAAGAUAAUAAGACCCCAACAGGUCUAUACCGGAGUGUGGCUAUGGCAUUACAUGCCACUAAAGGAACGAAUGUCUUCAACCGAAGCUGACAAGCUUGCUCAGGUAUCCAUAUCGAACGCCUCGAGACGACGACUCGCCGGAUCCGGGGUUUAGGCUCCAUUGUUGUUAUAUCA